CUUGUCUGGUCCUCCACAAAAUUCAUCAACAUGUCGACUUGCCACUUCUGUCGGCUCUCUACGCCUCCAGAAACCUCCAACUUGAGAGAAGAUAGUCACCCAAUAGCUCACCUGUAGCCACAUGCGAUUACAACGACGUUGGAUUUGUUUCCCCGUGCUCCUGUUCAUGCAGGACCACUUGCCCGCACUUGCAGAAAAGUCAGGGUUGGUCAACUGACAGCGUGCAUUUUGGACAACCGUUGUUCAUUUUAUGCUACUUCCCAGAGCCCAAUUUACCUUCCGGAAUGUAGCAACUAAGUGGCACGGAAAAUUAUUGUGGCAGGUCGACUCGUUUUGCUUGCUAGUGAAGGCCUUCGAUCUCUUGCUCACUCAACGAUACCUAAAGGUUGCUAGCGCUCAUGCUUAUGAUAUGUUCACCCAAGCUCUGACCAUCUUGUUAUCGCUGUGUUCCCGCCCCCGUCGUUGUCCUACGAAGAUCCACACCCCAAGCGUUUCAAAGUUGUUGCAUUGUCAGAUUACGAUGGCAAGAUAAACCGUCGAAAUUCUUGGAGACACUUGACAUGCUUGAACCCACUCCAUCCUUCCCCCGACUGCUGACGAGGGAGCUCCUUUGACGUAGAGUCGUAUUCUCUCUUGUGUUCUGUAUCACUCCGGU